AGCCAUUUUCCCAUACUUCCUCCCGUCAAUGCAUCGCUCCGCCCCUCUGACUAGCUGCCUGCCCGGCUCCCAGCAGCUGUCCUCCAAUACCGUGUGAGAUUAAAGAGGAGGAGGGAGGGACAGGCGCUGUGUAACAGGGAGCCUGAGCCACUGCUAGAGAAAAGAAAGGCAGAGUCACGGGGGGAAAAGCGACACUAACAGAGGAGAUUAUUAACGGCCGGCCGCUACCACCCACUGCCUCGACUUCUACUCGUCCUCUUUCCCGUGCCGGGCGGAUGUUCUUGGAGCGGUCUGACUGAAAGCCGUCGUUAGCAACUAGCGCAUCCCUAGACGACUCCCAUUCGGCCCCUGCUGUAAGGAUUGGGCCCCUGCUGUAAGGAUUGGGCCGCUGCCUGCCGGGCCCCGGGCACGAUGUCUGCUGAUGGCUGUCAGUGAUGGCCUAUUCUUUUGCCUUGGCCGAUCAGCUUGUUGCCGACGUCUCCAGAUCCUUGAGCGGCCGCACUACCUACAGCGAACAAGAUAACCGCGGCCGCCCUGCUGUCAUCUUCCAUAGCCGGCGCCCAGAUCCUGGCAAACUAUCUGUGCUGCCCCCUGAGGAUUGAUAUGGAGCCGGAGUGUCAUUAAAGGGAAGCCUUUUGAUCAUUGUGAUUAGGAGUGGGAGGCGGCCGGGUGGCUCUGCAUUACAGGUAUCGGGCUAGUGCGCAGAGGAGCGGGUGACGUGCAUCUCCCCGUGCCGUGUGUAUAACAAUAUAUCUAUAGAGAGAGACAUCUCCGCUAUCGAACCGGCCUGCAGCUGUUUCAUCUCAGCGGGAGAGCCCCGUUCCCCCUUUGCGAGGGAGGCACAUCUCGCACGUUUGGAGGAGUGGAUGUGGGUGGGCUAAGGGCUGAGAGGAGGGGAGUUAAAAUGCACCAGCCCGAUCCAGCCGCAGAUCUUGCUGCCAGGAAGAUGGCGCACCCGGCAGAUCUGCCCAGGAGGGGUAGUGGCAACUCGGCUGCGCUGAAUGCAGUUGCAGGGCCUGGGGUCGCCGGCCACGUCGUGCCUUCAGAUGAUUACCCUCCUCUGUUGGUGCAGCCUCCCGCCGCAGCUUCAUCUCCUGGACCCCAGCAGCAGCAGCAUCCUCCUCCCCAGACACUCAAUUUGCUGCCCCAGUGCGGCGCUCAGAUGAAGAAGAAGAGCGGCUUUCAGAUCACCAGCGUCACUUCGGCUCAAAUCUCGGCCAACAUGAGCUCCAACAAUAGUAUUGCGGAAGAUACUGAGAGCUACGACGACCUGGAUGAGUCUCACACGGAGGAUCUGUCCUCCUCUGAAAUACUGGAUGUGUCUUUAUCAAGAGCUACAGACCUUGGGGGUCCAGAGAGAAGUUCAUCAGAAGAGACGUUGAACAACUUCCAAGAAGCUGAGACACCUGGUGCUGUGUCUCCAAACCAACCCCACCUCCCCCAGCAUCACCUGCCGCAGAAUGUCCAGCAAAAUAUCAUGAUCAAUGGGGGUAUACAUCAUCACCAUCCUUAUCACCAUGGCCACAAUCAUCCUCCCCAACAUGGAUUACCCAAUGCAGCCCUUCCUGGGGGGUUACCCCCAACUCCUGCUCCAGUGAAAGCACCUCCAACAGGGAGUUCUGAUAGUGCUGUUACAGCUGUGCCUGUUGCUGCUCCUUCUAUUUCCCAUCAGCCUGCAGGAUCUAUACCACCUACUGUACGCAAAGCAAGUGGACCUGUAAGUACUGGCAUUGCUCCUGUUUCAGGUAACGCUAGUGCACCAAAUAAUGCAAAUAUAUCAAGUCUAAGUGGUGUAACAGGUUCUUUGCCCAGUGGUGUAAAUAUAACUCCAAGUUCUGUCACAAGUAAUGUAGGCACUUUACCUGGCAGCCUUAAUCUGCAGUCACAAGGCACUACUGGCAAUGGUAGCAGUGCUUCUUCUGCUAUCAUGAACAAUGUUUCUGGCGCAGCUGCAGCAGUUGGACAAAAUGCAGUACAGCAUCAGACAGUUCCUUCAGGUGCAGCAACGUCUAGAUUUAGAGUUGUAAAAUUAGACUCUAGUUUGGAACCUUUUAAAAAAGGCAGAUGGACGUGUAUGGAAUUCUAUGACAAAGAUAAUGCAGCAGCUGCAUCCAACGGAGCUGUAGUCAACAAAGCUGUAGAAAGCGUUAAACAAAACCCACUUGAAGUAAUGUCUGAAAGAGAGAGCACGAGUGGAAGCUCCGUUAGUAGCAACAUCAGCACUUUGAGUCAUUAUACUGAAAGUGUUGGUAGUGGAGAAAUGGGGACGCCUUCCAUACAGCAGCCAGGAUUUCAAGGCCUAGGCCCUCAGCAGAUGGACAUGAGUAAUGCAAUAGCUCAAACUAUUCCUGCCCCCAGUAUGCCACAGAGUAUUUCUCAGCCCCAGCUUGCUCAGUUACAGAUGCAUUCACAAGAUGCCAACUUCUCUCCUCAGAAACUAGCAGGGCAGCUUGCUCAAGCUCCAUUGAAUGCUUCUGCUGGUGUUCAGCCAGCUUCAGUUAAUAUACUUGGUGUACCAUCCUCUUUGGGACAUCAGCAGCCAAGUGUUCCUACUUUGAUCCCACAACAAUUGCCAUACACUCAACAGACUCAACCCAUGCAAAGUCUCCCAGCUGUUCCACAACAGUUACAAUAUACUCAUCAACAGACUUCUGCUGCCCAGAUGACCUCUGGACACGUACCAGUAAAUCAAAGUUCUGUUCCAGGGAAUUUGCAGGAAUAUAUUCAGCAUUCACAAAUAAUACAAACAGCAGUUCCCCCAAUGCAGACUAGUUCAACUGGAGUUGUUAAUACUGCAGCUGUCCCUGUUGCCCAAGCACAUGUCCUGCAAGCCCAGUCUUCAACAGCACAAGCUCCAGCAACAGUUGCUCAAACUCAGCCUGUGGCACACAUCCCUGCACCAAUUGCAGCAACAGGUCAGAUGUUGGGGGUUAACCCACAAGGUAACCUUCCUACUGCUGUGCAUCAGGCAGCUGCCCCACAACUUGCAACAUCUAUAAUACAACAGAGUGUUCCAGCUCCUUCUUCCCAGGUAUUGCCUCCACCACAAGGAAUACAGGUUGGUCCUCCUGGAAUCACUCAACAAGUCAUUAUUGCACCUCAAAGUACACUGCUUCCUGCAAAACCUCAAAGUCAGCUUAUUGACCCCCCUGUACAAGGCAUGUCAAACCAACAAGGGCCUGCUGUAAGUCCUCUACUUGCUGCUGCAGCGAGUGUUCCAACUGUUCAGCAACUAAGUACAAGUAUAACUUCCGCUUUAUCUCCAGCAGCAUCAACAUUGGGUCCACCACCAACAGUUUCACAGGCUUCUGCAGUGCAAAAUUGCAGUUUGAGUCAAAGUAGUAACCAAGCACCUGUCAUGGCAAAUGUGCCAGUUGCUCAAAGUGUACCACUACAGAUGACACACCGUUCUGGCCUGUUUUUUGCACCAUCACUUAUUCAGUCUGUGGCAAGCCAGAUAGAAGAUGCCAGACGUAUAAUGGAGCAUUCUGUGGUUGGCUUAUCUAGUGUUGGAGAAGGAGCUUCAGUUGAAGGUGGCGGUGGUCUUCCUGUCUCUGGGUCCUUGCUUCCACUGAAAUCUCUUCCUCUUUCCACGCCUCUUGUUGAUGGUGAAGAUGAAAGCGCCUCGGGUGCCAGUGUGGUAGCUAUCGAUAACAAGAUCGAACAAGCCAUGGAUCUGGUGAAGAGCCACCUCAUGUAUGCGGUCAGGGAGGAAGUGGAAGUCCUUAAGGAGCAAAUCAAGGAGCUCAUUGACAAGAACUCACAGCUGGAGCAGGAAAACAGCUUGUUGAAAACACUCGCCAGUCCCGAGCAGAUGGCACAGUUCCAGGCUCAGCUCCAGUCAGGGUCCCCUCCUUCUUCCUCAUCUUGUUCCCAGCCUCCAGGAAGUAAUCCACCACCUGCUCAGCCAACACCACAAAACACAGGCCCCUCUGCAUAGCUGCUGGCACUUGAUCCUAAACACAGUUACACUUUCAGUGGGACAAACAUCUGCUGUGACUUUAAGUGACCGAACAGCGAUGUCAUCACCAAGUCGGGAAGUUUUCAACUGCACCUGUUAUUCUGAAGGCUAUGUUGCAUCCUGAAAUGUGACUGCAAGUCAAGACAUGACUACUAAAUAAGUUUGACUAUGGUAUUUUCAAAGGAGGCAGCCAAAAUCUGAGCUUUUUCUAUGGAAAUGAAGUGUCCUAGUAAUUUCAGCAAUGAUAAGACAAUUGCCCAAGACACACUCACCUCUGGAUGUGCCUCUCUGAUCUGUAUAUUUGCCGCACAGGUACCGCCCGUGCCUCCCAAUCCUUUGCUGCACCCCACCCUUUUCUUUACAGUAUUAAACCUUUUUUUCAUCCUCCUCCUCUUUGAUGACAUUUUUUUUCAAUCGCUGUUACUUUUCUGUGUAAUCCAGUGCUGUACUGUAAGUGUUGCAAGAACAUCCAAGUGUAUGUGUGGUAAAGCAGUACUACUGAAAGUAGCCUAAAGUCUCUCUUCUGUUUUCUGUGUACCUGGGUGAAGUGAGAUCCCCAACUUACAAGUUCCCAGUGGCUACACGGACAACCUACAACCUGCCAAGUGUAAUAAUACAGUUCUCUGCAUUUUUUGGUGGCAGUGGGAUGCCGAGAGCUGUAGUUCAGCAUUUGUAGGUCUAUGGGUUGCCCAGGUUCUGAGGUAUACUCUGCAUUUCUCAUAGUGAGCUGAACCUUUACUUUGUCCUUUCUUUUUCUAAUCUAAGGCAAGAUUGUAUGCACCGAGCAUUUUAGAAAAGAACACACUGCUGCAAAAUUAGAAUGAUUUCAAUGAAGUUAAUUUGCCUUCUGUAUAUUUCUGUAUGUAGUGUAAGUACUCUGUAAUAUAGACCACUUGUAAGUACUGCUUAGGUUGUACAGAUUGAAAUUUAGUGGUUUCAUUGAUUGACCUUAAUAAUUUGACUAGUUUUUUUUUAUUAUUAUUAUUUUAUUUUAAAGCUGCUUCCUCCUCUAGAGGCAGAAGAGCCUAAGUGGCAGGUUCCUCUGGCACUUAAGGGGUUAGUUAGCCUGCAACCCACACCCAAUCAACUGUUUAGGACAUUGCAGAUUUAUGCCACUUUUUGUGUAUUAUUUUUUUCAGAAAUGGCCUUUGCUGGUGAGUAUCUCUUGAAGUAAAACCCAGUUCACUGAUGUUUUAGUUUUGGUUUAGACACUCCAGCUGUGACUUAGUGCAUUCUGCUAACACAAUGGAACAUAUGAGCUGUAAGGUAGUAUGCAUAUGUUGUGCAUGAUCUCUAAACAGUUGUAACACGUCAAUGUAUUUAACUGUUGCACUUGUCAACUUUCAAUAAAGCAUACAUUGUUGGUAAAUAAA